AUGGUGGUGAUUACGCCUUUGGUGAUUCGCGAUAUCAUAAUUGUUGGUGAUGGAGGUUUUUCUCGUUUGUUUAAAUGCGUGUGGGACAAUGCUUGCCUCUGUGCCUGCAAAACUGAUAAACAAAAUGUAUAUUCAAUGAGCAAGAAGGAGACCGAAACAUUAGUUCAGGGAAACGAUUUCAGGCUUGAGUUGAAAGAGACAGAUAGAUUUAAUUGUGGAGGGAGGUUGGUCUUUGGUCCUGAUGGGCCAUCAGCAGCAUUAUCUGCUUCCCUGAUUGGAAUUCCAUCGAUAGAUUUCAUUUUCCUCUUCAUAACAUGUGCAAGUGAUCCUGGAAUAGUACCAAGGUGCCCACGACCUUGUGAGUCAGAGACAUCAUCUGUUGCAUCUACGGAUUGGGGGAAAGGUUCCAUGAAUAGUCGGAAAAUGCCAAGAACCAGAGAGGAAAUUAUCAACGGCCAAAUUGUAAGAGUGAAGUUCUGUGAUACAUGUUGGAUAUACCGUCCACCACGUUCUUCUCAUUGCUCAGUUUGCAACAACUGUGUGUUGAAGUUUGAUCAUCAUUGCCCAUGGGUGGGACAGUGUAUUGGAAUCCGUAAUUACCGGUUUUUCAUCCUAUUCGUGACAUCCUCAACGAUGUUAUGCACAUACGUCUUCACAUUCACAUUGAUACACGUCCUUAAUCAGAAAAGAAGUUUUUGGAGAUUAUUGUCGGGAGAUAUUUUGUCCAUCGUGAUAUUGGCGUAUUGCUUCGUAUCCAUAUGGUUCGUUGGUGGGCUUACUGUUUUCCAUUUGUAUCUGAUGUGCAGAAAUCAGACAACUUAUGAGAGCUUCAAGAAACAACAUGAUAAGAAGAAGAAUCCUUACAGUCAGGGUGUCUUGAACAAUCUCAAAGAAGUAUUUUUCACUAAGAUUCCACCACCAUUGGUAAAUUUUCGAGAAGUGGUGUUUGAAGACGAUUAUUCAUGUACAGAUUCUGUUAGAUCAAGAGAACCGCUUAGCAGAGAUGCAAGUAAGAAUGUAUAUUCUGCUUCGAAGAAAGUAAGUCUCAUUGAGUUAAGGUAUAGCAUGAAGGGGAAAGGGAAGGAGUUAAAUACAGGUGGAAGUUUUGAAAUAGGUUCACUGGCUCCUCUUGAUCCUGAACCACGACUAAAAAAGUGGAACUCCUUCACUGGAGAAACUUCCUCUCACGAAGACCUUAGUAGUGAAGAUGCUAUGCUCCAUCGAAAUAUAUCAUCAUCCAGUUAUAUGUGAAGGUUGGAAGUCUUUCCAGAAAUUGGGCCAUGACUUGGUAUAUUACGGCAAGCAGAACUUGUGGUGUACAGGCAACAUUCAGGUAGGCUUAAAUGGUGUAUAUAACCUUUAAAUGGAGGUCAGCAUCUUGCUUGACAGGUAAAAUGAGAGGUCUUUUAUAAAUCUGAUCGAUUGCAUAGAAGGGCAAACAUAAGUGGUGGUUUAAGUAUUAAAAGAACUGAUGGGGAAAAAAAGCCGAGUAAAGAACAUCAAAGAAUCUUUUUAACUGGGAUUGAGGCACAUCAACGCAGAGGUAAGUCGACAGAAGGAAGACACGGUUUCACAAAUAAUCAUGAACAUUGUUGUUUACUAGAUUUCAUCACCCCUUCAUGUUCUUGCCCACCUUCCUUUUUGUUUUUACAGCUUUACUGAUUCUAUGUACAUCGUUGUUUGUGUAGAUACUAUAAUUUAUGAAAGAUUUUUAGUUGAUGAGUACGUAGAA